AUGAUUAAUUUUUACAAAUGUUUUAAAGUUAAAGUUUUACACAUGAAAUACGUAAAGGAACGUUUGAGACUCUCGCGAAAUUUUUUGAUAUUUGAAAUAGAUGGGAGGAGUAGCAAUAAGUCAGACGUUGAAAAAAACGAUGCGGAAAUCACAAAGAAAAAAGAAGAAAAAGUUAUACAUUCAUUUUGUUCAUUUCAAAGUCGCGUAGGACCUCCCGAAUAUAGAAAAUGGCGACGAAUACAUGGAUUGCAGCUUCCCCUUCAUCCUCAGCAAAUAGCAGGUUGGAUCAUUCUCGUAGCGAUAGGAGCCACGACUUUUUUUGUACUCAUACCUGCAUUGCGUCCCUUCUUUCGCGAGGGCCUCUACAUUUUGUUGGGAACUCUUUUUCUCCUUCACAUUUUAUCUCAUCUCACGGCUUUACUCUUGGAUCCUGCUGAUCCCGAACUACGAUCUCUCAAAAUCAAAUUUACGAUACCGGAAUUCGAUCGUUCUAAACAUGCACACGUUAUUGAAAACGGUCGGUGUCACUUGUGUAAUAUUAAAACGUCAAGUUCUAAAACAAAACAUUGUAGUGUUUGUAAUAAAUGCAUCGAUCAUUUCGAUCAUCAUUGCAAAUGGUUGAAUCAUUGUAUCGGUAAAAGAAAUUACGUGCCAUUUCUUAUUUGCGUGAUUUCAGCGGUUGUCGCAUCAUUGGUCAUUGUCGGAGUAUCCGUUUUAGAAGUAGUUUACUACCAUAUUGAUCCAGAACUGUUGGGAUUUUGGUCGCACGGUACAAAUAAUAAUAAUAAUAAUAAUAGUAUUUACCCGUUUUUACCUAAUUUCGUUUUUUUAGGAGUGAUUAUAAUUUUAGGAAUAAUAUCAGCGACUAUAGCUGGAUUGUUGCUUCAUUUGUGCCUUUUUCAUUGUUAUAUAUCUAUAUUAGGUAUCAGCACUUACGAAUACAUUCGAAAUUAUCGUAAUGAAGGUAGUGAAAGUUCUCAUCGAAAUAUAGUCAUUUUCAAUUGCUUUCGUAAAAAAAAAAAAGAAGUUAUGUCUAAUCAAUUAGACGGCAUACAAAAAACCAAUGACGGGACUUUGUGCGGAAUAAAAAAGUGCUCGCGUUACAAUUGUUCUUAUUGUUCCAACGGUAAGGAAAAAAAUUGUUGCAUACGAACAAAACUCUGUUUUACAAGGACGAAAUAUUUUCUUAAAAAUGGAGAAACGGGUCCGCCAAAACCGUUAAGUCGCCAAAAUACAGAUCCUGAAUUCAUCGAUAAAGUUAUUAAACCUUUUUUAAUAACGCUCAACGACGAAAGAACCACGGAAAUAGAAUCCGACGAAUCGAAAUUUAUGUGUUCACGUUUUUAUUCGGUUAAUGAAAAAACUCAGGCUGAAACUUGUAAAUGUGAAAAUGAAAAGGAUUGUGUUCAUUUGAAAAAAAAAACAUCGAAAGAAAAUGAAAACGAAGAAAUUAAAAAAAAAACUACUAAUAAAACUAUACUUUAUUCGGUGAAUUUGCAUUCGUGGUUUUCGAAAGUUUUAAAUGGACGACCGGGUGUUGAAAAUACUACUACGAAAGUUAAAAACAAUCAAAUUCAACCGAGCAUCGCCGAAGAAUUAAAUAGAUAUUCCAAUGAUGAUGACGAUGAUGAAAACGCCAUUAAAAAUUACUCCGAUCACGUCGAUCUCAAAUCUUUUAUGACAAUAAAAAAUAAAGUUUUGCCCGAAUUGAACGAAUCCGUCGUUGGAAAAUUGAAAAAUUCCGUUGAUGUAAAAAAAUUAAAUAGCUCGUUAGAAUUAAGAGAAAGGCCGGAAUCCGAAUUCGCGAUUCAAGUGAGCAUGAAAUCGGCCAAUUAUAGAAAAAUACGAAAGAAAAACGUUUUGAAAAAAUCGCGAUCCCCUAUACUUUCUCCCAUUCGAGAAUCGGGUUUAUCGAAUCCGGGUUCCCCACGGGAAAAUUUUAUUUUGCCGCAAUCUCCCGUUUUUUACCGGCCACCCUCACCCGAAACAUCCAUGAUUUUUCUAUCGAAUCCAAAUUCUUCGUCAUCGUCCUCGUCCUCAUCAUCUUUUUCUUCUUCGGAUGAUGAUGACGACGACGACGAUGAAGUUGUCGUACAUUCAAAUCCAAUGAUAAACAGACAUUAUAAAAGCGAAGAAAUCCUUCAAACUCCUCAACUUCCUAGAAAAAUUUAUUCCUCUAAUAUGCCGGAUGAUGAACAGCAAAUAUUUGUUUUGAAACCGUCUAAAGUUAAAUCUAAAAAAUGGAUUGAUGUUAAAAUUAAAAAUUAA